AAGUUUCCCUUAACUUUCCCCUCAACUGUCGAAUCGGAAACCAACUUCAGGACGCUGACGUUGACCCGCUGAUCUCUAAAACAUGCGCACUGGCCUCUCCCGGUCACUCAGACGCGGCCAUCGACGAGUUUGGUGUUGUACAGAUCUACGAAGACUGUGCGCAGCGUGUGCGCACUUUUGUGACUUAUACCUAAAACACUCCUGGCACGAGCUCGGUCCGCAAACAUGUUUAGGGGUUUCCUCUGCGGGGUGCAGCCGUGCAGGGAGGCUAACGUUAGCUCUUAAAUUCAGCAACAUCAUGUUGGAUUCAACUGAAAUGGGCACAGACGCCUGUAUUUUACGACACUGGCAGCUAAAGUAGAGGUGGACAGGAUGGGGGAGCGAGCCGUCAGCCGCCCCGUGACUGCGAUCUCUCCAGUGCAGCAGAUGCUGGCCUCUGGCACUGGAGCCCUCCUCACAUCUAUAUUUGUCACACCGCUGGACGUUGUGAAGAUCAGGCUGCAGGCUCAGCAAACACCGUUCCACCAAGCUUUAGCCUGUGAAUCUGCUCCGUGGGGCGGCGUCAUCCGCCCUUCCAAGUGGAAGUGUUUCCUGUAUUGUAAUGGACUGAUGGAUCACAUCUACGUCUGUCAGAAUGGAACCAGUUCCACCAGCUGGUACAAAACACCAACACAUUUCAAUGGGACUCUUGAUGCUUUCGUGAAAAUCAGUCGACAUGAAGGACUCAGGUCUUUGUGGAGUGGGCUCCCGCCAACACUUGUUAUGGCAGUACCUGCCACUGUCAUCUACUUCACCUGCUAUGACCAGCUGCGAGACUUCCUGAGAUACGGUCUGGGUUUUCAGGGCAGCCAUGUCCCUCUUGUUGCUGGUGGUCUAGCCAGAUUGGGGGCUGUGACCGUGAUCAGCCCUCUGGAGCUGGUCAGGACUAAGAUGCAGUCCCGGCGGCUGACCUACAGUGAGCUGCGAGUGUGUAUCCGGUCUGCUGUGGCCCAGGACGGCCUGCUGUCCCUGUGGAGGGGCUGGGCGCCCACUGUUCUCAGAGACGUUCCCUUCUCCGCUUUGUACUGGUUUAACUAUGAACUGGUGAAGGCCCAGUUGUGUGAAGAGCUCCGAAUGCCUCAGGCCAACGUCUCCAUCAGCUUUACUGCAGGAGCGGUCUCUGGAGCCAUUGCUGCUGUCCUGACGCUGCCUUUUGACGUGGUGAAAACUCGGAGGCAGAUCCAGCUGGGAGAGAUGGAUACUCUGGGAGUUUCCUUAAAGAGAACCACAUCUACAUGGCACAUAAUGAAGGAAAUAUGGGCUGAGCUGGGCUACAGGGGCCUGUUUGCAGGUUUCAUGCCCAGGGUGAUCAAAGUGGCUCCAGCCUGCGCUGUUAUGAUAAGCACCUAUGAGUUUGGAAAGACCUUCUUCCAGAAGAUGAACCUUGAUCGAGAGCGACUGGCCUCCUGAAGGCUGGGUGUGCGGCGCUGGGCGUUUCUCAGCGGCCAAAGCACAUGCAGAUGUUUUUAAUCAGGACAUAUGGGACAAAGUCUGAGGGGGACUUUUUCCCAAAUGCCUAUUCUAGCAUGAGGAACAGGAACUGAGGGAUACUCUGGGACCACGCACGUAAUGUGUGUUGAUGACUGAAGUAAAUUUUUUGCAUUGUGCAGGAAAGUUGUAUAAGGUUUAAUGCUUAAUGGGAAAAUUCAGAAUUUCAACUGCAUCAGCACUGUAGCAUGAGUGUGAGGAAAAUGUUCUCAUACCUAUAUUUUGCAUUGCCUGACAAACUGCAUGGUGUGUACGGCCCCGUUCGAUCCAGAAGCCAGGUAAUAAGCUGGCCCACCCUGCAUUGUCAGUAAAUCAUGACAUUUUUGACAUUUGUCUACUCAGUAGAUAAAUGUCACAUCUGUUCUGUAGGCUGGUUAGAUUUGACCAUUUGUCGCACUUUACAUUUGCAACAUAAGAGCUGUGAAAUGAAAUCGUAAUAACUACAGGUAAGUUUUUAUGUUUGUUGAGUGUACUCCACUUUUCUGUUCUCAUAACUGGAGGAAAGCCAUAGUAGAAGAGGCACACAAGGCCUGAUGGCAAAGUUAAAGCAAGUCUUCCUACAAGAUUUGCUUUCAUUGGUGCAUGGGCUUAGUAUAUUUAUGCUCUAAAUAUAUUACAAGAAGUAAUGAUUAUUUCCCACAUAUGUGAAAGCCGCUGCAGCCAACAUCCCAAAAAUCACAUUUUCGCAGUCAUAACAUCAAAACUUGUUACACUGAGACAUAAAACAAAUUAUUGCUGCCUUAAAUUACCAAGUGUAAAUGUUUCCUUUGUUUUCUUAUGAACGAAAUGGUAAUAAAUGUUAAGACAG